GUGUGUGGGCUCGUGUGUUCAUUGCCAAAGGGACCCUGCUUUUAAUAUUUUCAAUAUUUAUUUGACGAGCUGUGGCUUUUUACUUCCAGUUCGUGGUUGACGUUAGACGUUAAUGGUUCGCAGUGCUAAGUUUGGUGAAUUGUUCUGUGCAAGGAUAGUGUAGGCGGGUUAAUUGAAGCUUUCCAGAUCGGAAAAUCGUUUGAAACUGUUUCGAUUAUUGUUAUGUUGCAAUAGUGAGUGGUAAACGAGUGAGCCGAGAAUAUUAAUUUAGGAGAAAAAAAAAAACAAAAGUUCAGUCACGAACACUUCGACGAUUACAAAACAAGGAUAACUCCGUUAACAAUGAUGUCCAGUGCGUUGCAAAGUGAUCAUAUCCUCCGGCCCCCGCAGGAUAGUUCCAUUUCGAAACCGCGCGCUGUGUACAGUAUCGACCAAAUUUUGGGGAAUCAUCAUCACCACCAUCAUCAUCAUAUACGGACUACCAUUAAUAAUAAUAAUAACAACAACAAUAACAACACCAUCGGUAUCGGCAAGAACGAUCACGACAAUUCCUUGAAACGUGAGAGUUCACCGGCGGAAUCGCAUGAAAAUGGCGUCGAUGUGGACAACGAUGACGAGCUGCCCAACAUGGGCGAACUGGACGGAAUGGAUGGGGACCCGAACGAUAUGGGCCGGCCGAGAAAGAUUCGACGAUCUCGGACAACGUUUACAACCUUCCAAUUGCACCAACUGGAGCGAGCCUUCGAAAAAACACAAUAUCCGGAUGUGUUCACCCGGGAGGAACUGGCCAUGCGGCUAGACCUUAGCGAAGCGAGAGUUCAGGUAUGGUUCCAAAAUCGUCGUGCAAAGUGGCGAAAACGAGAAAAAGCCAUGGGUAGAGACACAUCUGCUUUUCUACACCACGACCAAGGAAUGCCUGAAUUCCCGCUUGGACUUCCGCUGCCGCAUCAGUUGACCCAUCCGGCUCUGCCGCCAACCGAGUUCUGGUCCACGAACUUUGGCCUACAUCCGACGUUGCUGCCCGGUUCCGGCCACCCACUGAUCCACCCAAACAUGAUGCCCAACUAUAAAAUCCCGCACUUUCACUCGCUGCUGUCGCAGUACAUGGGCCUGAAUUCGCUCUUCGGCGCGGCUGCUUAUCCGCAAAAUCUGACUAUUAACACUCGGCUGAGCCCACCGAACAGUCCCAAGGAGAGUCCGAAUGGUGGAACGGGACCGGUAGUCACAGGCGCCGGUGCUGGCAACAUUAGUAGCAGCAGCAGCAACAGCAGUACCAGUUCUAGCAGUAGUACGAGCAGCAAUGUCAGUGUUGGCAGUAAUAGUAUUAAUACCAGCAAAGAGAGUGUGGCGGAAAAGUAAGGUGAAAUUUUGUCCGUUCGCCCCCUUUGUUCGUUUGAGGUGGCGUUCGCUCUAGUGAAUAUACGAUAGAAGGAUUAGAGAUGCAAUAUUUAUUGUUAAUUUAUUGUGUGAUGAAAGCAAAGUGAAGAAUGCUAGCGAGGAAGACGUAGUAAGAAGUUGGAAUACUGGGUCCAAGAGUUGUUGAAAAAAGAUUAUUGUACUAAAUUCAAAUAAUUUUAUUGGCCAUCAUUCAUUCAGUUGUCAUAAUUUAAAAACAGUUUUCUUCAUUCUAUGGAAACUGUUUAUAUUUUAAUCUUGACGUACGAUCUUUUAAGUGUUUCUUCAUUGAUAGAUAGUUUUCUCCCAGUAAGUGCAAAGUAUUUCGUGGGACCCAGUCAAAGUCAUAGCAGCCUACUCUCAUGUAAAUUUAGGUAAAUACAAAUUGUCAUAACUUAGUGUAAGAACUAAAUCAGUAUUAUAAGAAAUAAUAUAUAGUCGUGCUUUACUCGUUUCGUUAUUGGAGAACAACAACACUUGUACAUAGUGAUUCAUACAGAAAUUGGAACUCGUAGUCGAAAAUAAACUAAAUGAUAUUUAAACAAGUA